AAAAAAUAAAAGCAAAAGACCUAAAUACCCAUCCCCGUUAAAUCUCUGUGAAAUCUUGUUCGUUGCCGGUUGCCCCCUCUGCAUACCCUCGCUUCCGGCCACCGUUAUUAACUCGCUAUUUCUUCCUUUCAGAGAUGGAUCUGGAGACGGAAAAUAGAAUUGCUGCUAUUCUGAUGAAAGAGGCAGCGGAAUUGAGGCGGGAAGCUGCAAGAGAUGGAAUAGAUGCGUAUCUUCGUCCUAAUGUAAGGGGCAGGCCGAAUUCACGGUUUCUCACUGCAACGGUUCUUGGUGUGCAACAGUCGAAUCGAGCAGUGGAAGUAAAUGAGAUGUGGCGAGCACGCGAAAAGGAAAAAGAAUUGGAUAACAGGUUUAAGAAAUACGAGAAACGAGGUGCAUAUAAUGGUGUUAGUGACUCCAAAAGGAGCACAAGUUCUAGGAUUGAGGAUUAUGAAAGGAAACAUACGUCUGUAUGCUCAUCAAGCAAAAGUGCAAUUGAAGGCGAACUAAAGGAUGAUGAGAUUGAAGAAUUCUUGCACUCAAGGGCGAAACGGGGUAGGGGUACCGUUGGGUCCAGGAUGGAUGAGACGGGCCCAUACCUCCCUGAUUCUAAAGGGAAAACGCAUCUUGAAAGCCCUAACGACACGGGGUACAGAGAAAAUGGCGAUAACAAUCGUGCCAUUCUUGGUCCCGAAAAGCCUCGUAAUCUCAAGUCAAAGUCAAACUCAUCUUCAGACGAGGAGUCUUGUGAAGAAAGAGAGAAAAGGGCCAAAAGAAGCAAGCAUCGUUGCAGUAAGCACAAAUCAAGAGACAAGUCUGUUGAUAAAAAGAGGAAAAGGGAGAAGAAAAGAAGCAAACAUCAUAACUAAUGGUGGGCCUUUGGAACUCUGUGUGAGCUUGUGAGCACCUUGGUUUUGAAAAGCGAUAGGCACACAAAAGCGACAAGGUCUAAAAUUGAGGCGCAAAGCGCAAAAGCGGAGGGCUUUUCGUACCCGAGGCGCAAGGUGUUUAUAUAAUUUAUUUAUAUAUAUCCCAUAGGUUUCUAGCUUCCUUUAACCAAAAUAUAGCAGCUAUAAAUAAGGCUUUUAUACCAUUUUACUUGCAUGUACAAGUCAAAAAACCCAAGGUACAACAUUUUUCUGCAUUAAAACGCCUCAGAUACAUGAGGCGCGCGCCUCAGGCCAAAAAGCCCCCAAAAAACCCCUAAAAUCUGCGCUUCUUGUAAUUACACAAGGCGCUGAGCGAAAAAGCCCCAGAAGCUGCGCCUCACGCCUCAGCCUGACUGAUCCUUGUAAUGACACAAGGCGCUGAGCGAAAAAGCCUCAGACGCGCUUUUUAAAACCAAGGUGAGCACUGAAUAAUAGAAAUACCCACUAGUUGCAUCGUUGACAUAGGUCAGAUUAGAUUGAGCCACGUAAAAUACUUGUGUUCGUUUUCUUAUCUGAUUAUCUAUGCGUGAGAAAGUGUUUGUUGGUGUGCAUCAUUUCCGGUUAG